CAAAUAGCGAAAAAUUGACUUUAAGAUACUCACAACCGCGAAGUCACAUUUUGUGCAGUCUUUACUUUCUUUUCAGUACAAUAUCGUUCAUUGAAAGUGAAACAUCACAAUCACAUCGUUCGUACAGCAGCGUUUGAAGAAAGAAAAGAAGAUAAACGAUGAGAAUUUAUUUAUCCUUGUUAGUUCUUGUUUGCAUAAAUUGUGGUAUCUCACUUGGUAUUCAGUUUAAGGAUGAUGAUAGUGGUACAUCUGAAUCAGAUCUAGGACAAACAAAGAUUGAAGGUGCUGCAAGAUUCUUUCCAAACAAUGAAGAAACUGACGAAAGAUAUUCUAAGAUAUCCGGGACUAAAUUUGCCAACGAUGAUUAUGAAAGUUUUAAUAAUCAAAAUCGUAAGCAGUUAAACUUUAAUGGUAAAAUGCCAGUUCAUUCACCGCCAACGCAAGCUUUUUUAAGCGAAAAUCAAUUCUAUCAUCAUCAACAACAACAACCACAACCUGUUUAUCGACCUUCCAUAAAUUCUGUUAAUAUAAAUCCGAUAAGAAAGCGCCCAAAAUUUCCAUAUCAGUUUGCUAGCCCAUACAGUCAUUAUUCAUCGGAUUUAGCCAGUCCAAUCUAUCAGAAUUACGCUAAUUACUAUCAAUACACAUCACAACCGUACCAACAAAAUCAACAGGCAUCAUCACUUUACUAUGACUACUAUAAUCCUACUCACUAUCCAUCAUCUCAAACACAUUCGACUGGAGCAAGCAAUGGUGCGAAUUAUUAUGGUCAUCCAUUACAUCAGCCAAACUAUUACACAAAUAAUUAUGCAAAUCAGUAUGGCUAUCAACGUCUAUCCCCUCAAACAAGCAAUGGAAAUUUGCCCAACUUUAUCAAUAAUAUUCGUGAUGCGAAUGGUCCGCUCGGACAGUUAUCGACUGUUGGAACGCAAUUUAGUAAAGCUUUAGAGGAUAUUUCCAUAAAUGAUGAUUUGCAGUGUGUUCCAAAACUUUUAUGUCAAAUGAUUCGAAAUCCACGACGACCUAGUCAGUUACCAUCAUUUUUAAAUGUUCCAGGAAUUACCGCGAUUAUUUCAGCGCUUCCAUCAUCCUCACCAUUAAUGAAUUUUGGACGUGCGGCAUUACUGGGAUUAAGUGGCGGAGAGUGUGAUACUGCAUACCCACGAUGUCCGCGUGAUGAAACUCAAGUGCUUUACUAUUUAAAUAAUCAUCGUGGUGGGUUUUUCCGAUUCUUUAAUGGUGGAAGCAGUUUUGGUGGUGAUGAAGACUUUUUGCAGCAGCAAGCAUCACAACAACAACAGCAGGUUAAUCAACAGCAACCAAGCCAAGGAUUAAAUAUGCUUGCUUUACAAGCUCUUGCUGAUACUUUAAGUGGAAACAGUGGUGGUGGAAAUUUGUUCAAUUUAAACAAUAUUUUCUCAAGUCCAUCAAAUCAACGUCCAACAGUGCAACAACAACAAUAUUAUCAAGGAUUACAAGCAGAUCAAAGCCAAAGUGCGGGAGGAUUUCUUAGUUCACUUAAACCAAGUACAUUAACUGACGUUGUUUCAAAUCUACUUACUGGAAUCGGAAAUAGGUUUACAAGACAUUCAGUUAGAAACAAAAGGAGCAUGUAUGAUGAAGGACAUAAAAUACAAAGAAGGAUUGUAAAUUUGAAGGAUAAUGUUGUCAAGUUUAUUGAUGCAGCUCCUGAACAACAUAAAAAUACCCUAUUUGAUGAACUUGAACGACCAUUUACGUUUUCAAAUGACAAUCGAAUUAACAGUGAAAAAUACCAGCAGCAAAACUAUGCUCUUAAAUUUCCACACGAUGUGCAAUCAAAUAGUGCAAUUAAUCAGGGAAAUUUCGUUUCAUCAUCGGAUGUUGCAAAUCGAUUAAAAAUGCUUUUUCCCGAUGUUGAGAACUUUAGCGAGCAAUUUACACGAAAUCUUUUAAGACUAAUGUUGAGUGAUCAGGGAAAAGAAAUAUUAACAGGUAGUCAACGACCGAUAAAUAACUUGAACAUUCAAUCAGUCAAUCGAUAUCCAGCAACACAAUCUUCAGAAAAUGCGGGCAAUAGUGGUUUCUUAAAUUACAAUCAAUAUAGUUUUAACAAUAGACAACAGCAGCAGAAACAACAGAAUAAGUACACGAAUAAUGGCAAUCGAAGUCAUAUUGUUUACGUCACGAAUGGACAGGGACAAUUAGAUUAUACACUGAACGAGCUCACGGGUGAAAAGACACGAUAUUAGAUAUUUAAUAUUUUUUCCAGCAUACUCACUCAAUUUCCAUUAUUAUUAAUUUUAUUUUAUUUAUAUUUAACCCUGGAUAAGGAUUAUGUUCGCUUAAAUUAUCACGAAAGUGUCAAUAAUCUUAAUAAAUUAUUUUUC